AUGUCGCGGUCUUACGAUAGAGCACUUACUGUGUUCUCUCCGGAUGGCCAUCUCUUCCAGGUCGACUACGCACUCGAGGCGGUGCGCAAGGGCACAUGCGCUGUCGGUAUCCGCGGCAAAGACGUGGCCGUAUUGGGUGUUGAGAGAAAGAGCUUGCAGCAGCUCCAGGACCCCCGCACCGUUCGCAAGACGGUCAUACUGGAUGACCAUAUCUGCCUGGCAUUCGCGGGUCUGAAUGCCGAUGCACGCAUCCUCGUUGACCGUGCGCGUGUUGAGUGCCAGUCCCAUCGUCUCACUGUGGAAGAUCCCGUCACGGUCGACUACAUUACGCGUCAUAUCGCGGGAAUUCAGCAGAAAUAUACGCAAUCGGGGGGUAUGCGGCCCUUUGGUAUCUCGACGCUCAUUAUCGGCUUUGACCACAGCGACCCGGUGCCACGUCUCUACCAGACGGAGCCGUCGGGUAUGUUUUCUGCGUGGAAGGCCAACGCCAUUGGCCGCUCGUCUAAGACGGUCCGCGAAUUCCUCGAGAAGAACUACAAGGAAGAUAUGCACGAGGACGAGGCCGUGAAGCUGGCUGUAAAGAGCUUGCUGGAAGUGGUCCAGACCGGUGCUAAGAGUAUGUGCGCAGCACUCACACUAGAUAUCGAAAUUACCGUCAUGACAGGCCAUGGCCAAAUGAAGGUGGGUCUUGGCUCACUGACACCAGAUCCUGGCGCUGGAGGAAGUCGAAGCAAUUGUCAAAGCGAUUGA